UUAGAAUAAAGAUGAAGGACUAAACGAUGAUCUGAAGUGUAAAUGUGGAUCGGGUUUGAAGCGCUGCUGAGCUCGUGCCACGGAGGCGGCAGUCACGUGACCGCGCUGCCGGUACAGCAGAAGUUUGGCGCGUCAGAGCGCGCGAGGAUUCCGAGCAACACACACGCACGAGAACCUGUUAAGAGGCGUUCGGGCAACGUGUAGCCUAUAUUCUCUGUAGACUCACAUGCAUACGACUGCUUGUCAUCUGUUUUUGUUUGUUUUCUCCAUGUCUAUAUAUAUGUAAUCAGCGUGUAUAACAUUACAGCCUAUACGUAAUUAAUGCUAAAUAUAUGUUGGACCAGUUCGUCUUUCAUGGUAGCUUAAAAGCAUUUAAGAUAAAAAUAUAAGAAGAAGAAGAAGAAGAAGAAGACGAAGCAAAUGGACUGCAAGGAGAAAGGGAGCUUUUCCAGAAAGGAUUCGCCGGCGCUCCACUGAAAGUGAAGGAGAUGCUUAUGGGAACGUCUGAUUCCUUAUCUAUAAGGACAUCUCUGGCAGACGCUCCAUCAUGACCGAUGGCGAAGGGAGAGAGCGCUUUCAGUACCUGGAGAGUGGAGAGGUGAGAGUUCCGUUGGCGGUCUUGUACCGGGCGCCCGGUCAUGGCCAGGCUGCUGAGGAUGAGGACAAAGGCAGCACAUGGGGUCCGGAUGGCUCGGAAGGCUCUAACAGCUCUGAAACUCGGGGCUCGGCUGAUGGUGAUGGUGGUGGCGGUGGCAGUGGUGAUGCCCCUGCUCCGGAUGGUGCGUCUGAGGAGCAGGAGCAGCAGCCGUACCCUGCGCUCGCGCCUGUCGUCUUUUUCUGCAUCAAACAGACCACGCGGCCGCGGAGCUGGUGCCUCCGGGUGGUUUGUAACCCAUAUCCUUUAGUUUUCCCUGCAGGAAAUCGUUCUGAACUUAACAUUCUUUAAUGCUGAAAACUCUAGUGGUGAGUCAUUUGUCUCUAAACUUCCACUGAGAUGAAAUUUGUCUAGAAGGUUGCCAUUUAUUAAGCACUUUAAAUGUGACACAUGAUGACAAUCAUGGCCUGAUUGUGAGAUUCCAUAAACUGUAUUUACUCUAGAAGAGCAUUAACAAAAUCCCAUCCUAUAACAAGUGUUCUAUAGAUACAUAGCCUGCUAUAGUUCUGAACACUUGUGAUGUUGUUAUUAUUUAUUGUUUUGAUCCGCUUUGACCUCCGU